AUGUCUGGCGUGACACUCAGUAUCCAAGUUUAUUUUCAGUUACUACGCGUCGACUGCUUUUCCACCCCGUUUGGCGCCACCGUUGAAGAGACCACGUCUGAUGCCACCGGCUCGAUCGCAACACCCGAAGCAGCAGAAACAGCAACCGGCUACCAACGCGGCCACCGUCCCGGAUUUGAACCAGCUGAAAAAUAUAUAUAUAUUUGUGUUAUUACCAUACGUAUAUGCGUACAAUGGAUUCGUGUUUAUGUUCCAAGGAGACUCUACAACGGCUCUGCUCUGCGUUCUCUGCAAGGUAUCAUUCCCUUCAGCAUGGGAAUUGAUGGUUCACGCUCAGGCAGCUCACAUGAUCAACAUUUACGAGUUGGGAACUCGACCCCAGAGUCCCAGAUCCGCUCCCAGCCCUCCGCAGAGUCCAAGCCAGCAUCAGAAGGAAUCAUCGCCGUCACCGCAAGAUUUUCAAAAGAAGAAAAGAAAAAAAAAAAAACAAAAAAAAGAGAGAAAAGCUCGCGAGAUGCCCACGAGUUAUGUAAAGCCAGGGUUCAAAUACGUCGAACACGGGGAGGCGGUGGGAGGUAAAGGAGUAAUAACAGUGACAGUCAAUUUAAACAAUAUAAGUUCUAUAUCGCAAAAGAAGAAGGAAACGCGGUAAAUCGUAAUAUCGUCGAGGCAAGCGCUCGCCGCUUAAGACAAGGAACGCUACGAACGAAGGCGGAAUGAAACUACGGCGACAAAAGAACGAAACCCUGUCGCCGUAGGAAACGACAUACAACUUGGGAAAAUAUUACUUCAUCAUAUGUUUCUCUGUCGAUAUGUCAACUCCAGUGCACCGGCCGAAGUAUACGGAUCGAGCCGGAUCAGGCAAUCGGAACUUUUGUUUCCGAUUUCAGCGCACGAGAGCCUGCUUAUUAUUUUCACUCUUGCCGUUGCAACACUCCCAUUAAUUGUACCGAGCGUGUGAUUUUCCACUCUCUUGGUUAAAGAAAGAAACUUGUCUCCUCGUUGUUACUUGAAAUUUCGUUCUAUGCUUCUCCUUUCUUUCUCUUUUUCUUCAGCCUAAUAUAUUAUAUAUUACAGCCAUAAGUAA